AUGCAGCAAGAAGCCACUGCUAACGGUGGAGAGCCGAAUCCGCUGGACAGCGCUGGGCUCUGCCUACUGUCGCUUGAUGGCGGUGGUGUACGCGGGCUGUCGACCCUGUACAUACUCAAAGGGCUUAUGGAUCGACUAAACCAGGCACGCCCAGAGGGCUCACCGGCAAGGAAGCCAUGCGAGGUGUUUGACCUGAUCGGCGGCACCAGCACAGGCGGAUUGAUUGCAAUCAUGUUAGGUCGAUUGGAGAUGGACGUUGAUGAGUGCAUCGCGGCAUAUAUCAAGUUGAUGAAAGAGAUAUUUGGCAAGCCCUCGAAACGGGGUCUAUCCAGCAUUUUUGGCAAAAUUAAGCCUCGAUUCGACGCCAAGAAGCUCGAGAGUGCAAUCAACGAGGUCAUCCAGGAUUGUGGGGCUAAACCGACUGACCUUUUUAAUGAUCAAGUUGAUCGGAGUUGCCGGGUAUUUGUCUGCAGCAUCACACAGGAGACUAAGGAUAUUGUGCGCCUUCGCAGCUACGGCAACAAUACUGGGAUUCAGGCCACCAUCUGCCAAGCUGCCCGUGCAACCUCCGCAGCCACUACCUUCUUCGAGCCGGUGUCGAUCGGAGCACGCAGAUUUGCGGAUGGCGCACUUGGCGCCAAUGACCCCGUUGAUGAGGUGGAGGGUGAAGCGUCUGAUAUUUGGUGUGAGGACACAGGCGACCUAAAGCCGCAAGUGAAGUGCUUUAUCUCGAUCGGCACUGGUAAUCCUGGGAAGAAGGCGAUGGAGGACAACUUGUUGAAGUUUGUAUCUAAAACGCUGCCUAAUCUCGUCACUCAAACAGAGCAAACGGAAAAGAGGUUUAUUGCUAAAUGGAGGCAGCAAUAUCAUAACAAGCGAUAUUUCCGGUUCAAUGUCGACCAAGGGUUGCAGGAUGUCGGGCUGGCAGAAUAUCAGGAGCAAGGCUUGAUCGAGUCAGCGACAGAGGGGUAUCUUGACCACCAAGCAGUGGUGUUUCAAGUGCGGAAUUGUGUCGAGAAUUUGAAAGCAAAGCAACGUGCAACCAACCUUGAUUUUACGGCAGAGAUCUGGGUACACCAAAAGAGACUGGCUCUUUUAGAUCAUUGGCAGGGCCGUGCCCGCUGGCAGGUGCAGUUUGAACGGAACACCCGAUUCACCGGCCGUGAAAACCUGCUUCUUGACCUGACACAAAAACUGAGACAAAAAUCUGAUGCCACCAGAAAAAUCGCAGUCGAGGGCCUUGGUGGCGUGGGUAAGACCCAGCUAGUCCUUGAGCUAGCCCACAGCAUGCGAGAUGAGUGCGCUAUCUGCUGGAUUCCAGUCAGCAGCCUCGCCAACCUACAAACAGCAUACCAUAAAGUAGCUCGGAACCUUCGCCUCGCUGGCUGUGAAGAGAAUGGGGUUGAUAUCCUGGAACUGGUGCAAACAUACCUCAGUAAUGAGAGUAUUGGUCCAUGGCUGCUGAUAUUGGACAAUGCCGACGAUAUAGAGCUAUGGACAUCUCCACUCCCACCCGAGGCAGGAUCCAAGUGGUUGAUUGAUUACAUGCCCCAAAGCAGGCUUGGGACGAUCAUAUGGACAACGCGCGAUCGCAAGGUGGCCACGAGAGUCGCUCAAGAGAACGUCGUGACUGUGCUGCAAAUGGACGAAUAUGUGGCCUCGGAGCUGAUGCGGAAAUAUUUGAUUGAUCCUAUCGGAAACGAAGAACAACCAACGUUACUGCGCUUGCUACAGAGGCUCAGUUAUCUUCCACUGGCAAUUGUUCAGGCCGCAGCCUAUAUCAAUUCGACUCAUGCGACCCAAGGAUCACUCGGGGAGUAUGAGGAACUCUUGUCUAGGCAAGAUGAUCAAGUGAUUGAGCGCUUGAGUCAAGACUUUGGAGACCAUGGCAGAUAUUCAGGCACGGAUAAUGCAGUGGCAAAGACAUGGCUCAUCUCUUUCGAGCAAAUUCGCCGCCGCAGUCCCCUCGCGAUUCAAUAUAUGGGACUCAUGGCCUGUGUGGACCCCAAAGCCAUCCCGCGGUCGCUGCUGCAGCCUUCUGAAAGGUUAUCGUCUCAUCAGCAGAGAGAUGCACUCGGUAUCCUUGACGCGUUCUCAUUUUUGACUGAGCAUAAAGGGGGACUAGCAUUUGAUAUGCAUCGUCUAGUUCAUCUGGCGACAAGACAGUGGCUCAAAAUGAACGGAGAGCUGCCAGAUUGCCACAGACAGGCGGUAGUACGACUGAAUGAGCUACUGUUAAACAUCGACGGAGCAAACCGGACUUUCUGGCGGCUAUAUGUCGCCCAUGCACAGCAAGCUGUGGCUGGACAUGAUAAGGACAGUGAAGAAAAGGCCGACCUUGCCAUGAUAUGUGGGACCUGCCUGAAUGAAGACGGGCGAUACCACGAAGCUGAGAUAAUGUAUCACAUAAGCCUCAACUUUCGAGAGCGAGUGCUAGGGCCAGAGCACCGGGACACACUACUCAUCAUCAGCAACCUUGGCUCAGUCCUUGAUCUCCAGGGCAAGUACAAAGAUGCCGAAGUUUAUUGUCGUCGGGCGGCACAAGGACAAGAGAGGCUACUAGGGCUAGAGCACCGAGAUACACUUACUAGUCUGAGAAACCUUGCUGAAGUCUUAUGCCAUCAAGGCAAGUAUGAAGAAUCUGAAGCUAUGUUCCAGCAGGUCUUUGAAAGGUUAAACAAGGUGCUAGAGCCAAAUCAUCCGGACAUACUUAUGAGCAUGGCUAGCCUUGGCCUAGGAAAUUACUACCAGGGCAAGCUCAAAGAGGCUGAAGUCUUAUGCCGACAAGCAUUACAAAACCAAGAAAGAGAGCUAGGGCCAAAAGAUGUACAAACACUUACCAGUGUUAAUAACCUUGGGUCCAUCCUUGGCCGGCAGGGCAAGUUCAAAGAGGCUGAAGCCCUACACCGGCGGGCGUUACAAGAGCAGGAGAAGAUACUAGGGUCAGAACAUCUAUGCACACUUUUGAGUCUUGGCAACAUUGCUCAAGCCCUUUCCCACCAGGGCAAGUUCAAGGAGGCUGAGGUCCUAUUUCGGCAAUACUUUGAAGGAUCAAAGAAAGUAUUAGGGCCAGAACAUCCACACACACUUAAUGGUGCCAGUAGCCUUGGUUAUGUCCUUACCGGCCAGGGUAGAUACAAAGAAGCCGAAGCCUUAUACCGGCAGGUAUUACUUGAUCGGGAGAGGGUACUGGGACCAGAACAUCCAGAAACGAUCGUCAGUGUCAACGACUUUGGUUUCUGUCUUUCCUACCAGGGCAAGUACCAAGAGGCCGAGGCCUUCCAUCAGCGGGCGUUACAAAACUUUAAGAAGGUGCUAAGGCCAGAGCAUCCAAACAUAUUUGGUAGUCUUGGCAACCUUGGUUUAGCCCUUUUCUACCAGGGCAAGUUCAAGGAGGCUGAGGUCUCAUGUCGGCAACAUUUUGAAGGAUCAGAGAAAGUACUAGGGCCAGAACAUCCAGAUACACUCACUGGUGCCACCACCCUUGGUCUCGCCCUUUCCCGCCAGAGUAAAUACAAAGAAGCCGAAGCCGUAUACCGACAGGUGUUACAAGACCAAGAGAGGGUGCUAGGCCUAGAACAUCCAAGCACAGUUAAUAGUGUCAAGGAUUUUGGCUUCGUCCUUUUCCACCAGGGCAAGUACCAAGAGGCCGAAGCUAUAUACCGGCGGAUGUUGGAAAGGUCCGAAAGAGUACUUGGACCAGAACAUCCAGAAACGCUCAUCAUCAUCAGAGACCUCCAGCACUUGCGCAGUUUGAAUGAUAGCUCAGCCCUCCAGCUUCAAAGCUCCAAUGUUGAUCCCAAGCCAAGACAAGUACGAAGAACUCAGAGUCUUGGAUAA